GUUCAACACAAACUAUUGCAAUUAUAUACAUACAAAUAAUACAGUAUGAAAGAAGGUCACCUAUGAGCCGCAUUGUCAUGAAUACAGGUAUUCCCUGAUAUACGUUAUUAAUGCGGACCGGGGGCAAUCGCGUAUCUCGAAUAUUAGCGUUAGUUUCGAGGUUUUUAUGUCAAAUUAUAGCUAAUUUUCGUAUAAUUUUACUUGAAAUGGUAGGUUUUAGGCAUCAAAUUAGUUAUUUCACCUGAUUUCAAAUAAUGAUUCAAUUUUGUACCUUUUAAAAUUUUUAAAACUCGACCAAAAGGGAAUUUAUUUUGCAUUUUACAUUUGAUGUGUCAAAUCAGUACAAUUUGCUCGAAGAACUGUCAAAUUAAGAAAAUCGCGUAUAUCCAGUAUGGCGUAUAGCGGGGAAUAUCUAUACAUCUCAAUCUUUUGAGUUUGCCUUAUCUGGCUCUGACGAGAAAGUGCCUACGUUAUAAUACAGUAGUAACAGUAAGUCUGUAUCGUCCAUGCACUUUAUAUUACAAUCAACAAAUAUUAUUUCGCACUACAUACUAUUUUCCAUACUAUAAUGUCGAGGAAGAAGGUACCACUGGUGAAAAUGGUCUCUUCACGUGUCCUUGGACUAUGAUCACCAACAGCACCGAGAAUGGCGAAACGGCUAAACCGAUACAAUCCUUUACCAACGGCACCGAACCGGACGGUGCGAUGGACAGCGACUGGACAGCUAGUAGCAACGGCAGUGAAGCAACCGCCAGCGGCCAUACCUUCGACCUGCUUGCAACAAUGAACGUUAGCAUCAAUGCGGAAAUAACCGUUGCAAGCCCUACGGAUCCAUCCUAUCGGGGAUUCACACUCUAUGAUCUCUGGAAUCCCGGAUUCAUCAGUGGCGGUAAAUUGAAAAUAGAACCGUUGGGCUGCUACUCGCCCGCCAAAGGGCUGCAGAUACCAAAGCGCGAGUCGACCGUCGUUCGCCGACGCAACAUGGACGGACUGCGGCUAAAGAUAAUGACCGUGGUGACACAGAAACCGCACCAACCGUUCGAACUGUACCUAACGACGCCACAGAACACCCAUCUCGACUCUGUCCAUCGCUACAACUACGGGCUGAUGGGCAUGCUGAAGGAAUUCUACAACUUUACUUUCGUCAACCGACGCACCAAGAGCUGGGGAUAUUUGCGGAACGGCAAGUUUGAUGGUAUGAUCGGUGCUUUGUCCCGGCGAGAGGUCGAUCUCGGCGGUUCGCCCAUGUUCUUUCGCCAGGAGCGCCAUCGCGUCGUCAGCUACACUACCCGCACCUUUGUCGAGCGACCGUGCUUCAUCUUUCGCCAUCCGCCGCGCAAUGAUGCGGUAAAGAAUCCGUUCCUGCUUCCGUUCGAAAUAAUCGUGUGGUACUUAAUGGUUGGCUGCGGCUCAAUCCUGGUGACAGUUUUGUGCUUCAGUUUUUUCGUCGAAGAUGCAGUAUCUGAAAGACGCACUUCCUUAGCACCUCAUAUGAUACAAAGCAAUACCUCAAAUGAUGCUACACGUUCGGUUCGAUGCAAUUUCGCCGACGAUGUUACUAACGCGCGACACGGAGCAAUAUGGAAGAAAGCUAUCUUCUCUCACGCUGACGAUGCCGGUGCAACAACGGCAGGCCUCGCGGGAAGAAACGUGUCGCCGGAAACGUGCCUGAAUGAAUCUCUUUUAAACCGUCCUAAGCUGUCACCGAUGCGGCGAAGCUAUUGGCACCGAGAAACGACAGGCAUCAGUUACAACGUUGAUGAAGAUGAUGAUGUGCAGGGAUCUAAGAGCGCAUCAGCUAACGUGCAGCCUGACAUACGCGGGUCUACUUUUUCGGGAUCACAGCCCAGCUUUACGAAUGCAGCCGGCUCAUCUCGACAGCGAUGGAAAAUAUGCCACUGGCUAUAUCCGGUGGAUUGUCGUCAGUUGGUUCCUUGCAACAGUGAUGCUGCGGCUGCUGGUGCUGCUGUUGGUGGUGGCGAUGAUACACUCACGGCAUACAAUUGCCAUAACAAGACCGUCCCAGCAAACAUAUCGUCGACGCAUCGAUUCCAUCCGGGAGACGGAAACGCUGGCGCCAAAUGCAAUUAUAAAGCGGAAAAGGUAUCCAAAAGCAUUUUACUCUUCCUCGGAGGCGUGUGUCAACAAGGUAACUUAGCAAAUGGAAAGCGACGCGCCGGAGGAGCGCCGGCCUUUUUUCUCGUAUUAUUUUCGUUCCAUUUAACAGGAUUAUCCGAGAUACCGCACCUAUCAUCCGGCAGAUGUACGUCAUUUUUCAUCCUGCUCUUCGGCUACCUCAUGUACCAGUACUACUCGGCUAGCAUCGUCGGCACGCUGCUAAUGGAGCAGCCCAAGAGCAUAAAAACGCUGCGCAAUUUGAUUGACAGCCGCCUAACGCUCGGGAUCGAGGAUAUUCCCUAUUCCAGAGAUUACUUUGUGCGUACGACCGAUGCUGACUCACUGGAACUUUACCGAACUCGGAUUGAGUACUACGAGCCGAAAACGGGACGCAAUGAGUCCAACUUCCUAGCGGCCGCCGACGGGUUGCAGCUGGUGCGGGAAGGUGGAUACGCAUUUCAUGUGGCCAUUUCGGCCGCCUACCGCAUCAUCCGGUUGACGUUCAGCGAGCGCGAAAUUUGCGAGCUGAGUGAAAUUGAUAUGUUCCCCGUCUGGUCGCAGUGGAUGGUGGCGAUCGUGCAGAAAAACUCACCGUACCGCGAUGUCAUAACAUACGGAUUACGCCGGUUGAAUGAAGCGGGAUUAAUGCAGCGGCAGAGACACGUCUGGCAGGAAGCGAAACCGAAAUGCGUUCGCCAGAUUGCCCCGACCGAUUUGAUCGUUGGCCUGGAUGCGGUAGUAUCGGCGUUCGUGCUGCUGUGUGGCGGUAUUUGUCUGUCCGUUUGCGUGCUGUUCGUCGAAAUCCUCUGCCAUCGGAUCGAACGUCAUCGCCAUGGAUGUCAUCGCCGAGAGCUGUGGCGAAAUCGUUUUGUAAUGAUGACGAAGCAACCUAGCCUCCCGGCACAGCCCCGGCGCGAUGGUACGGAAUUGUUUUACGUUGAAUAGACUGGCCAGAUUUGACCACGACAAAAUGUGUCUGGUCAGGUUUGUCCUUUAAUUGUAACGGAAUGUGGUAGCAGCAGCAGCAACAGCAUUUUGGUGCUCUUAAGUAGUAGGAAUGUUGAAUGGGAGAAAAUGUAUCGGUCGGAGUACAGAAGAAAUUGCGUUGAAACGCUCAAAUGAAAGGCUUUAUCGGUGGAGAUUGAAGGUAGUAUCGUAGAUGCGUUUUUUGCGUGUUGAUUAAAGUUGUUAGUAAAGCAGGAUUGUUGAGGAAUAAUUAAAAUAACGAAAUAAAAAAACUUAAAAAUUAUGCGCUUUACAGGUAUUGCAAAAUUAUAAAAUGCUUAUAACUUGCAAUUUUCCUUAAAAUAAAAAGAGGUUUAUACUCUUUUUUGUAUUAUUUAGUGCGUUUAAAAUAUGAUAAACAAUCUAAAAUAUCUCUUUCAUCGAACACAUGUAUACCUUAGACACACCAUAUAUUCGAUCAUAUUAAAUUCAAUAUUUAAAAAGAA